AGACGGCUCCAAUUUGGUGAUCGGUCGGAAUUUGGAUGCGGUGCGAUGCGAACCAAACUCGACCCCAAACCCUAGAACCAAAAUUCCCCAAACUCUCGCUGUCGCCAUGGACGGAGUUGGCGAUGGCGGCGGCGGCGGCGGCCCUGCUACCGGCGGCCGAGCUGGCCGGGGAGGCGUGCCCGAUCGCCGUCCUAGGAAAAGCCGAUUCUCUGUUCUUGCUUCCAUGGAAGACGACUCGGCAGAGGAAGAGUUGGAGGAGUACAUGGACGACCUCGUUCGUCCAGGUUCAGCAGCAUUUCCCUCUGACCGAAAGUGGAGACAAGGACGAGCAGAAUUUGCCAGGAGACAUGGACAUACAGUAGCUGGAGCUAGAACUCUUAUUCGGCAAAGUGUUCUUUAUUCAGACCGCCCCAAGCGAUCCCAAGGCAGACGAGGACGAGUCAAGCCACAAACUGAAUCACUGGCUGAGAAGGAUGCAAGUGAGGUGAGCAAUAGUGAGCUUGGUGCUACUACUACAGACAUGCCAAAAUUCAAGACACUGUCGCUGAAUGAUUCACCCUCUGCACUUGAUUCAGCUGAUAGGGCUACAGUGAGAGCUAGUAGCAUGGAUAGUGAUUUACCUGAUUCUGCAACUGCCAAACUCCCAGAUGUAGAGGAAGCUUUGUCGCCAAGGUCCGAGAGGAAACGGAAAAUACAUUUGUACCUGGCUGAACACACAUUUGAUGAUCUUAGGGAGGGAUUCGCAGCUAUGAUAAAUGGCUUCCGCGACCCACCCAAAGAUGCUGCUCAGCCCAAUGUAGAGUUACCAGAAUCAUCUAAGCUUUAUCCAUGUGAGUUCGAUGCUGAAUCAUCUCAUGAUUCAGAGUCUCUUUCCCCUGCAGCUGAAGAUGUAGGACGGCAUAAUUUGUCUACAGAAGAAAUUGUUCAGAACGGAAAACGAUGGAUGAGCGAGGAAGUCAUGUUGGCCUUUGAAAAAUAUAUUGAAGGAAAAAAUGAAUUCAGAGAUGUGGUAUACCAUCUAGAUGAGCUUCAGUAUCAAUGUUUUAGUGUGGAUGCAUAUCAGAAGAUUUUUCACCAUUAUAACUUCACAGUGAAGAUGAAGAAACCCACUUCCGAAGACUGGUCAGUGACAUGUUAUUUUGCUGAAGUGAAGCAAGUAUACGGAAAGAAAUUCUAUUUAUGUUGGCCUGUGAAAUCACAUGAUGAUGGCUAUUGUCAUGGUUGCGCGAAUCAAGGGAUGGUUGCUCUGAAGCACCCUGCGAAUGAUGAAGUUAAAUAUGAGGUUGGCUUCUUUGACACCGGCUGCCCAUUCAUGUUCUUGAGCGAUGAUGACUCUGAUGAUGAUGAACGUGUUUUUUCUGAGGAGUCUAUCAAGGAAAUAUUUAGUGGUAUAUUUGGUUAAACAUGUUAAAUCUUUCGAGUUUUAGGUCAUAAUUUUGGAUAGCUAAAUAUUUAUAUGUGAACUAUAUAUAUUAGGCCUGUAAGACUGCAACAAUGAUUUUUGUUGAUUUUGGUAGUAUGUUGCUCGUUAAGAUGUUGGCACAUUGUAUUGAAGUAGUCAUGAGAACAAUGUAACUCAUCCUAAUUAUGCUCCUUAAAUUAUCACGAAAGUUUAUGUAAA